AUGGUGAAAAACAAGGUGUGCGUGUUAAGGUGGGUGCAGAGCUUCGAAUCCCAGUCUGUUCAUUCAGGUCUUCGCCGGCGAGCUAAGCAGUUAGCGAUUGGCAGCUCGUGCUUCCACACGCAACUUGGAUCUGCUCUGGAAGCAAGUAGCCUCAUCACAGAGCAAACUGUCGAGUAUGAGUGUGCAUCUGGGGUGAGCAGCUGCACCGCUGGCGUCCGAGGCCAUCCACCCACGCCGCCGCCGCCGGCCACCAGCUCCGCCGCGCCGCGCCGGGCAGUCAUUAGAUGUCAUGGUUUCUUAGGUGCUGGGCAUUUUGGCUUGGAAAUAAAGGACCCUGUAGGAGGAACCGCAGUAUAA